AUGAAUACUUGUAAUGAAAAAGCUAAACCAGUUAUAAUUUGUAUUCGAAUGGGAAAUGCAAAUAGCUCUAUUUCUUAUACGAAUGAAAAUGGAAAAAUUAUUAUUAUUACUAAUGAAGAGGGAGAACGUCAGAUCCCUACGGCUUUAUCAUAUUUGAGUGGUGAGGAAUAUCAUGGUAUGCAGGCGAAAUUUCAGCUUAUAAGAAAUUCAAAAAAUACAAUAAUUCAUUAUAAAAAAUUUCUUGGGAAAAAAAUUGAUUCUGUAGAUUUAUUUGAAAAUUGUUGUUCAGCUCAACCUAGUAUUUUAAAUAAUCAAUUAGUAUACACAAUCACUAGCGUUUCUGACCAAGGUGAAUUUAAUGAGCAAAUAAUUACCUUAGAUGAAGCAAUAGUUUCUCAUUUAAAAUAUUUGAAAAAAUGUGCAAUGGAAUAUAUUGGAAAACCUAUUAUGGAUGCUGUUUUUACUAUUCCUACUGACUUUUCGUCUACACAAAUAGAAAUUUUGGAAAAAUGCGCAAAAAAGGCAGGCCUUAAUAUUCUACAAUUUAUAAAAGAAUCAAUUGCAGAAGUUCUUGCAUAUUCGGAAGAAGCUGAAUAUUUAGAGCCAAUUGAUAAAAUAGUUGUUGUUGCAGAUUUUGGAGAAAUUAGAAGUGAUGCAACCGUUAUUGCUUUUAGAAAUGGAAUAUAUACAAUUUUAGCAACUCAGAGUAAUGAAAAAUUGGGAGGGUGGUUUUUAGAUAAUUGCCUUGUUGAUUAUUUUAUAAAAGAAUUUCAAAAAAAAUAUAAUUUGGAUCCUAGUGAAGAUGCCAAAGCAAUGGCUAAAUUAAGGGUAGAAUGUGAAGCAACCAAAAAAAGUCUUAGUUCUAAUACUUUUUCGACAAUUAGUAUCGAAUGCAUGUUUAAUGGGUAUGAUUUUUUCUCUAAUAUAAAUAGAAUUCGUUUUGAAAUAUUGGGAAAACAUAUUUUUAAUGAAAUGGUUUUAUUGAUAAAAAAUGUUAUCAAAAAGGCUCAAUUAGAAGAUUUUGAUAUAGAUGAACUUAUUCUUGCUGGAGGAACUUCCCAUAUACCUAAGAUUUCAAAUAUGUUUAGCUCUAUUUUUCCAGAAAAAACUCUAAUUCGUUCACAAUCUUUGCAUACUUCUAAAUUAAAUCCAUCUGACAUUGAAUGUUAUGGUGCUGCAAUACAGGCUUCUUUGAUUUCUUCUUUCACUAAAUCAGAAAUUGAUAACUUAAUGCACCCAGGCAUUACCUCUACACCUCAUCUAUUAAAUCCUAUUGGUGUUGUUAUUAAAUCUGAUGAUGAAAUGAGAUUUAUUCCUAUAAUUCAAUCAUAUACACCUGUUCCUGUUCAAAAAAGUAUUAUUCUUGAUAGACCACCUGAUCUUGAUGAUUUUCAUAUUAUUAUAUGUGAAGGAAUUGGUCAUAUUGAUUUAAAAAACACUAAAAUAUCUCAAACUUCGGCUUCUGAUAGUGAUAACUCUUCUAUACAAGAAACAUUAAGAAUUUUACUUCCAUCACAAAAAAUAGCUGAAUGCAUUCUUCAAAAUAUUACAUCUGAUGCAAAAGUAAAACUAACUAUUCAGGUUGAUUCUAAUUUAAAAACAACCAUUACUGCAAUGCCUCUUCCACCUGCUCGAGGUUCUUUAGUUAAAGGUGAAAUAUUGGCUAAUCAAAAAUAUAUAUAAAAUCUUUCUUUUUUAUA